AUGAUCAACAUUACAUUUAAGGAUUUUAAAAAGGAAAAGAUCCCAUUGGCACUUGAGUCCACUAAUACAGUGUUAGAUGCAAAGACUCAAUUAGCUCAAAAUAAAUCAUGUGAAGAAUCACAAAUUAAAUUGAUUUAUUCAGGGAAAGUAUUACAAGAUGCCAAAACACUAGAAGAUUGUGGCCUAAAGGAUGGCGAUCAGGUGAUAUUUAUGAUUUCCAAGAAGAAAUCAACCACCACAAAGGUGACUGAAGCACCAUCAUCAACAACUGCAACUGCACCAACAACAACAACUAACUCUGCAACUAAUACACCUGCUGAAGUAUCUCCUGCUGCAGCUAGUGAAACCCCAGCUCAACUGCCAGCAACGACGGAGGCUGCCCCUGCAACAACCUCAUCUGGAGAAACAUCAAGUGCUGGAUCUGCCGGAUUUGUCGUAGGAUCUCAACGUGAUCAAACAGUGGAAAGAAUAAUGGAAAUGGGCUACGAAAGAGAACAAGUAGAAAGCGCUCUAAGAGCAGCAUUUAAUAAUCCAGAUAGAGCUGUCGAAUAUCUAUUGAUGGGGAUCCCUGAAAAUUUACAAGCUCGUGCUGCAGCACCACAAGAAACAGCAGCGCCUUCAAUCACUCAAGAUGUUACUACUACCACUGCAUCAACUGAGGAUGCACCUGCUGAGGAAGACUUAUUUGCACAAGCUGCACAAGGCUCAAACACAGGCCCUAACACGGAAGGGGAAUCAGAACAUCAUGGACCUCCAGGAUCCAUCGGAUUAACUGUGCAAGAUUUACUUUCUUUAAGGCAGGUUAUUUCUGGUAAUCCAGAAGCAUUAACUUCAUUAUUGGAAAGUUUAAGUGUAAGAUAUCCUAAUCUUCGUGAACAAAUGAUGAAUAAUCCUCAGGCAUUCAUUUCAAUGUUAUUGGAAGCUGUUGGUGAUAACUUACAAGGUCUAGAAGGUCUUGAAGGAUUAGGUGAAGAAGGUCAUAUUGAAGAGGGAGAAUUAGAAGAAGGAGAAGAAGCGCAUCCAAUACCACAUGUAGAAUUGACUCCAGAAGAUGAACAAGCAAUUUCUCGUUUAUGUGAACUUGGGUUUGAGCGUAGUCUUGUUAUACAAGUUUAUUUUGCAUGUGAAAAAAAUGAAGAAGUUGCUGCAAAUAUGCUAUUUACUGAAUAUGCCGACUAA